CAAUAGUGCAGGAGCCCGAGCCGCGCGGACAGGCUGCAGAGGCGCGCUGAGUUGGACGGGGCACUAUGAACGAAGAGGAGCAGUUUGUAAACAUUGAUUUGAAUGAUGACAACAUUUGCAGUGUGUGUAAACUGGGAACAGACAAAGAAACGCUCUCCUUCUGUCACGUUUGUUUUGAGCUGAAUAUUGAGGGAAUACCAAAAUCUAAUCUCUUGCACACCACAUCGUUAAGGGGCCAUAAAGACUGCUUUGAAAAAUACCAUUUGAUUGCAAACCAGGAUUGUCCUCGAUCUAAGCUUUCCAAAAGUACUUAUUAUGAAGACGUUAAAACCAUUUUGAGUAAGAAGAUAAACUGGAUUGUGCAGUAUGCACAAAAUAAGGAUGUGGAUUCAGAUUCUGAAUGUUCUAAAAAUCCCCAGCAUCACCUGUUUAAUUUCAAGCAUAAACCAGAUAAAAAGUUACUCCCACAGUUUGACUCCCAAGUACCAAAGUAUUCUGCAAAAUGGAUAGAUGGAAGUACGGGUAGCCUCUCAGAUUGUACACAAAGAAUAUUGGAGCAGAGGGAAAAUACAGACUUUGGUCUUGCUAUGUUACAAGGUUCACGUGCCACUUUAUGCCACAGUAGUGUUUUGUGGCCUCAUAGUCACAACCAGGCACAGAAAAAAGAAGAGACAAUCUCUAAUCCAGAGGCUAGUGUCCAGAACCAGCAUCCACAUUAUAGCAGAGAGGAAUUGAAUUCGAUGACUUUUGGUGAGGUAAAGCAACUGAAUGCAAAGCUCCAACAGCAAAUACAGGAAGUUUUUGAAGAGUUAACGCACCAAGUGCAAGAAAAAGAUUCUUUGGCCUCACAGCUCCAAGUUCGCCACGUUGCCAUCGAACAGCUUCUCAAGAACUAUUCCAAGUUACCGUGUCUGCAAGUGGGGCGAACAGGAAUGAAGUUACACCUGCCCAUAAACAACUGAACUGAACUUACACUUACUUCCUGUGCCCUGCCAUUUAUUGGUCUGCCAGGCAUGCAGUACGUCAUCAAGUUUGCAUAGCUUAAAGGCAGUAUUUAACAUCUUUUCAAAUAAAGCAGAUCGCCACACUCUAGUCUUCUAGGGUUAAUCAUUUGGUUUAUUUUGGGAAUCUUUUUCCCAUAUGUACUAAGUGGCCCUCACUAACUAUUGCUACAUGGGACUGUUUAAAUAUACUGUUACAGUGUGAUUUUAUUAAAGAUAGUUUAAUGUAAUUCACCCUUUCAAAACAAUAGGAGGUUAACAAACUUCAUAGAUUAGUCUGAACUACUAAAGGUAAAAUUUUAAGAGGGAAAAUAAAUUCAUAAAGUCACCUCUUAUUUAUUAUGAGCAAUAUUUUAAUAUGAAA